CUACGGUGAGACAGGAGGGACAGAAAACAUUACAUUUACAAUUUCACGUGUUUUAUUCCAAUAACAACGCUGCAAAAUUGUAUAUCACUGGAAAACUUUCGCCAUGGAAUAAUUUCACGUUAAUAUUAAUGAUUUCUAGGCCUACUUCAUUCUUCGCUCGAAUAUAGUCAUUUUCAUUUGCAUCAUCAGCUUGACAGUGAAUAUGGCUGCUGUCUUGCUGAAAGUACAUCCUCACAAGGGUCUGAGAGUGAUCUCACAGAAGUUGCUAUGGACCUCAGGAUCCGUGCGUUGUGCAUCAGUGGCGAGGAUAGAGAAAGUCCUCAUAGCCAACAGAGGAGAGAUAGCUUGUCGGGUGAUGCGGACUGCACGGAAGAUGGGUGUACGCUCUGUGGCGGUGUAUAGUGAUGCUGAUAGGCAUGCGAUGCAUGUGGCCAUGGCUGAUGAAGCAUAUAACAUUGGACCAGCACCUUCCCAACAAAGUUACUUAAGCAUGGAGAAAGUUCUUGAUGUAGCUAAAAGAUCUGGUGCACAGGCUGUCCAUCCCGGCUAUGGGUUCCUGUCCGAGAACACAGAGUUUGCAGAGCAGUGCAAACAGGAGGGUAUCAUCUUCAUAGGCCCUCCCUCGUCAGCCAUUCGAGACAUGGGGAUCAAGAGCACAUCCAAACACAUCAUGUCAGCUGCAGGGGUGCCCAUCAUCGGGGGUUACCAUGGAGAGGACCAAUCAGAUGAGACACUUCAGGCGGAAGCUGCCAAGAUUGGCUAUCCAGUAAUGAUCAAGGCAGUGCGUGGGGGUGGUGGAAAAGGAAUGCGAAUUGCACUAUCAGAGGCUGAGUUCCAUGAACAGCUGGAGUCUGCACGCAGGGAAGCCCGCAAAUCCUUCAAUGAUGAUGUCAUGCUUGUGGAAAAGUUUGUAGAAAACCCCAGGCAUGUGGAGGUUCAGGUGUUUGGGGACCAGCAUGGCAAUGCUGUUUAUCUCUUUGAGAGGGACUGCAGCGUUCAGAGGAGACAUCAGAAGAUCAUAGAGGAGGCUCCUGGGCCUGGCAUUAGCCCUGAAGUGAGACAGAAACUGGGAGAAGCAGCAGUGCGAGCGGCCAAGGCGGUCAAUUACGUUGGAGCAGGCACCGUAGAGUUCAUCAUGGACGCCCAGCACAACUUCUACUUCAUGGAGAUGAACACCCGUCUCCAGGUGGAGCACCCUGUGUCAGAGAUGAUCACUGGAACAGACCUAGUGGAAUGGCAGCUAAGGGUCGCUGCAGGGGAGCCUCUGCCUCUGACUCAGGAGCAGAUGGUUCUGAGUGGUCACUCGUUUGAGGCGCGCAUCUACGCCGAGGACCCCAACAACGACUUUCUGCCCGGAGCCGGCCCCCUGCUGCACCUGUCCACGCCAGAAGGCGAUGAGGUCACUCGCAUAGAGACCGGCGUACGGGAAGGCGAUGAGGUGUCGGUGCACUAUGACCCCAUGAUUGCCAAGUUGGUGGUAUGGGGAGAGGACCGAGCCGCUGCUCUGAAGAAGCUGCGAUACUGCCUGCGUCAGUAUAAUAUUGUGGGUCUGAACACUAACAUAGACUUCCUGCUGAAUCUGUCGGGCCACCCAGAGUUUGAGGCGGGCAACGUCCACACCAGCUUCAUCCCACUGCACUACGAGCAGCUCUUCCCAGCGCCGGCCGCCCCCUCCAAGGAGGUGCUGUGCCAGGCAGCGCUGGGCCUGCUGCUCAGGGAGACGCUGCACACACAGGCCUUCACCGCCAGCUCUAAUGAUCCUUUCUCUCCGUUUGGCCUCAGCAGUGGCCGGCGCCUGAAUGUGCUGUUCAACAGAACCAUGACCCUUCAGCUGGGAGAAAACAAGAUGAAGUUGCUGGUUACAUAUAACCCAGAUGGGAGCUACACAAUGAAGACUGGAGGUGAGGUGUUCCAUGUGUCCGGGGAGCUGCAGCAGGAGGGCAAGACCACGUUCCUCCGCUGCUCCGUCAACGGCACCAUGUCGCGGCCCAAACUGGUCAUCCUGGACAACACUGUCCACCUCUUCUCCAUGGAGGGCAGUGCCGAGGUGUCUGUCCCCGUGCCCAAGUACCUGGCGGGCAUCAGCGUGUCUGGAGCGCAGGCUGGCGCUGUGGCUCCCAUGACGGGCACCAUUGAGAAGGUACUGGUGAAAGCAGGCGAUGCAGUGAAGAAGGGAGAUCCUCUCAUGGUGAUGAUUGCCAUGAAGAUGGAGCACACUAUCCGUGCUCCUAAGGCCGGAGUCAUCAAGAAGGUGUUGUUCAGGGAGGGCUCCCAGGCCAACCGGCACGCUGCUCUGGUGGAGCUGGAGGAGGAGGAGGCCGAGGCGGGCGAGGCAGCCAGCACUUAGGACCUCAGUGAGACUGAAGACGUGGGAGAGUGUUGUACUGUAGUUAUCAUAGGCGAGAUCAUAGGAGACAAGCUGGCCAUUACGGGCUAAUAGGUGUAGUUACUGAUGUGUAAAGAGACAGAGCCAGUCAGCACUACAUAUUAUGGUUUGGAUCACAUUGUACAGUUGCCUUGAAGAUUCUUAACGAUUGCCUUUCUCUUUUUGGGGACAGAUGAAAAGAAAACUGUAAAGUUUAUUAAAGUGUUUGUGUUUUCUAAUCUCAUCUUGUCUUUUUAAAAGCAUAUGGUGAGACGUGUUCUCUUGACUUUGCUUCUCCGUGCUUAGUGUCAUCUCACUAGUGUGGGCCUUUAUUCCUUCUCUCUGUUCUUCAGCCCUUUUCUUUUUUUGUUUGUUUUUUGUUUGCCACUGUGUCCUAUUUUUCCAGUCCUGUGCCUCUGUGAAGCCUGUGUGGGGUUUUGACUAACUGCCCGACUGAUCUUUUGCGGCCCAUAUAUUAUGAUCACUGUUGGCUGGUAUGUGUGGCCGACUCUGAAAUGGUUUCCAGCCUUUGUGGGCCCGUCUGGCUGAGUGGAUAAGGCCUUCUAUCACGAGCAGCUUCUUGUGAAGAUCACGUUCCCCUCCCUAAGCCCAGGGGUAAUGUAGCACGCUGAAUGUUCCAUUAAGCAUGAUCAAAAGCGCCAUCAUGUGAACACAAGCAGGCCUAACCUGUGGGCGUUUGUAGGUCACUUUUUGGACUAGUGUUUGAUGGUGAUCAAAUGGCAGCGGAUGGAAAGUUGGGUCAGCGAGCAGGUGAGACACUCCUGUGGUCCUGUUGUGAUGACAAGGGUGCCUUGAUGUUGAAAUACCACACCAUCUCAAGUUUUUUUCUCUCAAAUCAUGGUCACUGAAAUAAACUUUUCUAUGCAAAUGUCA